GAAAUUUGAAGGAGUCUUGUGUGUUGUUUCACCAGUUGUGGCCGAUGAACAUAGAAAUGCGAUCAGGACGUUAAUCAAUUGUCUGCUGCCGGGACUUCUGAUUCCUCCACUGUCUACCAGCAAGAGGUGGAUGUGUUAAUUCAAUUUGGAUUUCUUGUUUCCCUAUUCGUUUCAGUUUCCGUACACCAACUAACAUUUUCUAGUGUAUAAUCUGCCACAUGAUUCAUAUUUAGGACUAUUGGGAACGACAAGAAGCACAGUUGUUGAUAGUGACAUCAUCCCUUUUCACUGGAUGAUUGCAGUAGACUGAUGAUCUUCCUGCUGCUGCUAGUACCUUAUUUGAUCAUAGGUUCCUUCUUCUCCCUCUCUCUCUCUCCUUCUUCGGAUCAUCAAAUCGGAGACAAGUGACAUGACAUCUCUCUCCUUCUUCCAUUAAUCAUUCUGGCUCUUUUUAUCUCACGCUUAACCCGUUUUUUGAUCGUAGUUGUUGUACUAGGCUCAAUCCCAAAAUAAGUAAGCAAAAUGGCGAUGUUUUAUCAUGCGACGCCUGCUAGAAACAAGGAGAGCAUCGAAAGAAACGGGUUUUUUCCAGGAUCGCACGGAUACGAUGGUGCUGGUAUCUAUUUUUGUAAGAGACCUGAAGCUGCUAUCAAUCGAGCCAGGAUCCGUCGUCUUAUGGCCUAGGACUCAUGCGUAUGGAUCACUACAGAAUAGAAGCAAGUAUCACUUGUCAUCUUCUAGCUCUAAUGGAAGUGAUGAGCUCAAGAACCUCAAAAGAAGCUAGAAUAGCAAAAAGUUGCUCGUCAACCACCAUAUUAUAAUUAUCCAUAUUAAAAUUAUAAUAUGAGUUGAUGUACAAAACCAUAACCAUAAGCCUAUACAUCGUGAUUCUCUCUUCGAUGUUGUGUUAUCAAACAACGAAUAAUUCGCGUUGUGCGGCGACGGCGUUGAGCCAGUUUAUCCUAUCGGAACUAAAGAAGAACUACCAUAAGGAGAUGGUGAUGGAGAAGGUAUUUCAGUUCUAAAAAUGAUGAAGAUGCUGUCGUAUUCGCAUGCCAGAUUCCGGACUCAGACUCAGUGGUGUCCAAUGUUAACAACCAAGACAAUUUCAAGGUCGAAAGCGAAUAUUAUGGAACACGACCUGGAAUGAUUAUUUAUUUUCCUAGUGCAGGGUUUGACUGUCUUUUGAUUAAUCGCCGUCCUCUAGUUCUUUCACAUUAAAUUUGACUCAACUUUUUCUUAUCGUAGUUUGGUGUUUGAUUAAGUGGACUUCAUCUCCUCUAAUGUCUUGAAAAGGUAGUAUCAAACAAGACCACGAACACGAUGUUUACCCAAGAAAAUCUCUAAAAAGACAGUGAUCGCAUCAAGAUCGUUGGGACUUCGCGCUAUGAUGAAGAUGAAGUUUCGCAAAUCAAGUGCCGCUCAACACAAAACGUUAGAAGUCGCGUUUCGAAACACGUAAUUCCACACCACCAUGGCCAAGACAACCCAGAAGAGAAGGUCCAACUAGGUUACAAUGGUCUUAUUGGCACUAUAUCUGCAGCUGUUAUUGGCGGGCUUUUUUUUGGAGUACCCGGAGUUUGUCUCGGUGCUGGUGUCGGUCUGUGGGCCAUGAACUAGAACUAGAUGGUGGGAAAAUGAACGAGCCAGAAAAUGAGUAGAUAUCGGUUAUUUUUAUCCCUUCGCUGAGUAAUUACUAUGUAUUACCGCAUUUAUUGAUUAUAUCUCAUCACUUUUUUUUUUGAUUUUUGACUUUGAGAACGGCAGCUCAUUCAACAAGGCUUCCGCUUUGCGGUGCCCUCAUUCCGAAAAGAUUUCUCCAGUAUGCCCUCAUUCACUCUACGUAACUGCACGCGAAGAACUGCAACCUUCAACAUGCUCAUGACAUUUUGAAAAUUCGAUCGUCUAGAUCUAGUGUUCUUCUAGCCAAAAUUUUUAACAUCAUGAGGCGUGUGAAACUACAACAUGGAUCUAUAUCAUGUCUUCAAUUAGGAGCCGAGAGAGACAGACACAGAGACCACCAGAAAUACUCGAGCUGCGGAUUGUUCCUGAUGAGUAACAUUGGGAAUCUCAACUACGAACAAUAAGUUGAUGUACUACUUGAUUGUAAAAAUCGACUUGUACUACAAAUAGGCGAAAGAUGUUGAUGAUAAAG